GGCAAUCCUAUGUCAUUAAUUAAAUUGGCAAUACUCGAAUCAAACUCCUUCUCCUUUGCUUAAAGAUGAAAAAUGUCGCGGUGGACUUGAGACCACUUGCAUGUUUCCUCACCAUCAGGCACUGGGCUAAACACACCCCACCAAAAACACCAAAAACCCGCAUCUCAGAGAGUUUUUGCCACUCAACCAAAUCAACCCACUCUCUUACAUCAACCGCCAGAAAAUCGACGACAAUCAUCGCCAUGGCUUCUCAAUCUCCUCUUCCUCCUUGGUUGCCCCCUCAACUCACUGAAUCCCCCUCUCCGACGCUCCACGCUCUAACCACUUCUCUGCUGCCGCAUCUCCUCAGCGCAAUCUCUCAGAUCGGCGCCACCCUCCGAUCUUCGCACCACGUCUCCCUCGUUGGAUCCGCAAAUUCUUUUGGAGAUGACCAGCUCAACGUCGAUGUCGCUUCAGAGAAUCUCAUGCGCGCUGCGCUUGCCAAGUGCCCGCUCGUGGUGAGGGCUAGUAGUGAGGAGGAUCCCGAAGAGAAAGAGGUUCAUCAAGGAGAAGCUUCCAGCGCUGUUUCUUCGGAUGAAAGGUUCUCUGUGGCUUUUGAUCCUCUUGAUGGCAGCUCGAUCAUUGCUGCUAACUGGUCUGUGGGCACAAUCGUGGGAGUCUGGAAGGGCGAGACGACACUGGGGAAGAACCCAAGAGACCAGAUUUGUUCCCUGUUGGGAGUUCACGGACCCCGUACUACUGUGAUUGUAGCCAUCAGGGAAGUAGACGCAACUGAAGGAUUUGCUUCUGCUGCGGGAGUUUGCUUUGAGUUAGGACUGGAUGACAACAACAAGAUUGAGCUCCUCAACCCCAACAUCAAGCUCUCCGCCCCCCCCUACAAGACGAGAUAUUUUGCUCCUGCAAACUUGCGCUUUGCGGCAGACUCGCCUUCAUACAGCGCCCUUAUUUCAUCUUUCAUCACAAAAAAGUACACGCUUCGGUAUUGCGGAGGGCUUGUCCCAGAUCUUGGCCACAUCCUCACCAAGGGUCACGGAGUUUAUGUUAACCCCGUGGCGGCAGCGAGCAAGGCCAAGUUGAGGAGAUUAUACGAGAUUCUUCCUGUAGGUUUGGUGGUGGAGUGUGCUGGAGGCAAGGCGGUAGAUGAGAAUGGAAAAGAUGUUUUGGCAAAGGAGGUGCAAGGGUGUGAUGAGAGAGGCGGCAUCGUGUUUGGAAAUACAGAUGAGGUUGAAGAGGUGGUGAGGGCGCUGAUGGGAUGAAGGAUGUAAUAGGGUUGUGCUUUUACGCAUUGCAAUCACUGGGAAAUAGAAACGGGUAUCAUAGAAUAGAUAAAAGUCAUCAGUAGAUUAAG